CCCCUAAACAAAAGCCAAGAUUGUCUGCAGCUUUUGCAAUAUGCAAUAUGCUGCAUAUUUACAUUCCUUCUGGCGUCUGUACAUGGGAGUGUUCUAGAGCUGACUGGUCACAACAAAACCGGCCCAAAAGGCAUCGGAAGACAGGCGUCAAGUCUCACCAAGAAAAAACUUCCCACUAAGAGGGAAGAGAAAUAUACGAGCGCUGUGAAAAUAACAGUAAGAAAGCUAAAAGUGGAGAGUGUGAAGUGGACUACGCAGAACACCGAAAAGAUUCCAGAGGCGAAUGACCAUUGAAGGGCCCUCUCCAUGGAUAUAGACACAGACUAUGAAAGGCCCAAUGUGGAAACUAUUAAAUGUGUGGUGGUAGGGGACAAUGCAGUGGGCAAAACCAGGCUCAUCUGUGCCCGCGCCUGCAAUGCUACCCUCACACAGUACCAGCUGCUCGCCACCCACGUGCCAACAGUCUGGGCCAUCGACCAGUACCGCGUGUGCCAGGAGGUGUUGGAGAGGUCUAGGGAUGUGGUGGAUGAGGUCAGUGUCUCCCUAAGACUAUGGGACACCUUCGGUGACCAUCACAAAGACAGACGCUUCGCUUACGGCAGGUCUGACGUGGUAGUGCUGUGUUUCUCCCUGGCCAACCCCAACUCCCUGCGUCACGUCCGCACCAUGUGGUACCCUGAGAUCAAGCACUUCUGCCCCCGCACCCCUAUCAUCCUGGUGGGCUGCCAGCUGGACCUGCGCUACGCUGACCUGGAGGCUGUGAACCGCGCCCGCAGACCCCUGGCCAAACCCAUCAAGCCCACAGACAUCCUGCCUCCAGAGAGAGGGCACGAGGUGGCCAAGGAGCUGGGCAUUCCCUACUACGAGACCAGCAUCGUGGCCCAGUUUGGGGUCAAGGAUGUGUUCGACAACGCCAUCCGUUCCGCUCUCAUCUCCCGCCGUCACCUCCAGUUCUGGAAGUCCCACCUGAAGAGAGUCCAGCGGCCCCUCCUCCAGGCCCCCUUCCUGCCCCCUCGGCCCCCGCGCCCUGUGGUGGGCAUCCCUGACCCCCCUCCCAUCGACGGAGAAGCCCCCGACUCCCUCCUCUGCCAGCCGCUAUGCGCUGAUGUCCUCUUCCUACUCCAAGGUGGCGCCACGCAUGUCUUCGCACACAAAGUCUACCUGGCCACCUCCUGCUCCAAGUUCUACGACCUCUUCACCCUGGAUCUGCUGGCCAUCGAGGCGGAUUGGGAAGGAGAGGAGCGCGCCGAGAGCGGUGAGGAGGAUGAACAGAGUAGGAGAGGUGCCAAAGAGCAGGCAGGGCGUACUAAGAGCUUGGACAUCGAUAAUGAUGGGGAGGGUGGAGCCAGGGGAAUCAAACGGCCACCCAUGCUCCAGCAGGGCUCCCUGAGGACUUCCAAAAGUGAUAACGCCCUCCCCGCCAGGAGCCAGUGCUCCGUGGGGCCCCUGGGGGCCGGCCGUGGCCUUUCAAGCUGGGGGAGGGGCUUCCUGAGUGUGUACCUGGAGCACGUAGCUGACCCCGAGACGGGGCGACCUCGCCUCAUGACCGUGGUCUCCAUGGACGGUCUCAUACAGGAAGAACCCUUCCAGGCGGUGCUGCAGUACCUGUACACAGGCAGUCUGGAUGAGGGCCGAGGGGAUCUGAUGCAGGUGGCCACCAUCGCUGAGCUGCUGGAGGUGUUUGACCUGAGGAUGAUGGUGGCCAAUGUGCUGAACCGUGAGAGCUUCAUGAAUCAGGAGAUCACCAAGGCCUUCCACGUCCGUCGAGCAAACCGCAUCAAAGAGUGCCUUAGCAAGGGCACCUUCGCUGAUGUGGUGUUCCGCCUGGACGAUGGCUACCUGCCAGCCCACAAGCCUCUGCUCAUCUCCAGCUGUGACUGGAUGGCCGCUAUGUUCCGGGGAUCCUUCGUGGAGAGCUACAUCAAGGAGGUGUCCAUCCCUGACUCCAGUAGUGCCUGUAUGCGUGCAGUGUUGGAGUUCCUAUACUGUGGGCUGGUGACGGCCUGUCCUGACUGGGAGCCUAUGGAGCUCAUCGUCCUAUCCAAUCGGCUGUGUCUGCCACGCCUCGUUGCCCUCACAGAGCAACAUGUUGUGGAUGAGCUGCUACAGUGUUUGGUGAAGGGAGUAGACAUUGACGGACAGGUGCUUGCUUACCUGGAGUUGGCUCAGUUCCACAAUGCCAAGCAGCUUUAUGCCUGGUGUCUCCAUCACAUCUGCACCAACUACAACAGCGUUUGUCGCAAGUUCCCCAAAGACAUGAAGGUCAUGUCUCCAGAGAACCAGAGGCACUUUGAGAAGCAGCGGUGGCCUCCAGUGUGGUUCCUGAAGGAGGAGGAUCGCUACCUGCGCUCUCAGAAGGAGCGCCAGCGGGAGGAAGAGGUCCUCCGUAAGCAGCACACCAAGAGGGGCUGGUGCUUCUGGAGACACCCGUCCUCCUCGCCCCACGUCUCCUGAGGCUGUCGCCCCUCCAUGACCCCUCCUGACCUCUGACCUCAGACUGAGGAGGCCAUGAGCCUACCAUCCCUCCAUAACGGGAGAGCCAAGUCUCAUCUCUGUAUGAUUGUUUGUGUGGUUGUACUGGGGACCAGAAGUCCUCACAAGGAACAUUUGGACAACUGGAGACAUUUUGCCAGUCCCCACAAAGAAAAGGGCUAUUUUAAGCUUAGGGGUUAGGGUUACAAUUGGGGUUCAGGUUAGAAUGAAGGUUAGGAGUUAGGUUUAUUUUUAGGGUUUGGGGUUAAGGGUAAGUUUUGGGUUAGGGAAAAUAGGAUUUUGAAUGGGAAUAAAUGUGUUGGUCCACAUAAAGGUAGUAAAACAAACGUGUGUGUGUGUGUGUGCACGUAUGUGCGAGGUUCUCCACCCCCACAGCUGUAGGUCAGGCGUGGGUAGUUUUCUAUACCCCAGCUGGCCUCUCCUUGCCAGGCCGCAGUCCAGUGCUGCCUCUUCCCCCUGACCUCCACCCAGCCACCAACAGGGGGUGAUGGGACUGGGAACAAGGGCUCUCUCUGUCUCUCAGUCACACAGAUGCUAAAGACCAUUCCACAGACCACUGCGAAGACUCCCCUAUGGGGAGGUUACCUCUGCCUUCAAGUCUAUUCAGACUGUUAGAACACUGGACCAGAACGGUAGCCAGAGGCGUUCCAGCGCUGGUCCAACACACAAGGAGGAAUGUUUCUGUUUGGUUUUUCUUUCGCCGUGAGGUCUGGUCAGGGGUAAUGACACACACCACCCAAAGACACACGCAGUGUUGAAGACCCUGAUGACCAAAAUGGCAGGAGGGAUUUCAAAUUAGAGUAGAGCCUAUCCCAGACCUGGGUGUUUUGCCUCAGAGUCUCUGACCACCACUUAUGCCUGUCUAACUUCUCGUCCAUAGACUUUGUCCUCCAUUUUGGAAAAGUUUGACACCAUUUUGUUUUCUUUCGGGUCUCAUCCCAGUGAAGCUCUGUGUUGGAGGUUUGAAUCCCAAAUGUUGUCCUAGGGUACCUAGACUGUUCUAGAAUCACCUGUCUCAAAGGGAGGGGGAGUAAAGGGGGUAGUCUGGGUUUAGGAACCUGCUCCAGCCCAGCAGAUGGCUGGUGGUUCAAGCACUCAUCAUGACCCCCCCAACCCCCACAUAUACACUAAGAGGAGAGGCCAACAGUGCUGAACAAACUGACCAAAUCCCCCUCAAAGACAUUCAAAGUGAACACUUGAUAGCAAUUCUGGAUCAGAGGGCUAUUUGAUACCACUGCCAUGGGAGGGAGUAAGAAGCAGAACUGAACAGAGUUCUUGCUCCGCCUUGAUUGACCACUAGGGUGCCCCUCAGCCAGCCUGCCUUUACUCAUCCUUACCACAGGGGGCAGCACUGCUCAGGGUACCAUCAUCAACUGUCACCCGGAGGAAACAGGAGUUUUCUCCCCUACCUGUUUAUAUCCUUGAUUCCAGUAGCUUUUGACUUUUCUUUUAUUCCAGUUGUAUUUGAAAGGCAACUUUAGCUGUUUGUCCUCACAUGGUGUUGAAAGGUAUUAUACCAAAAAUGAAGCUGUGACAUGUUCUCUCCAUCCUGUCUCCUCGCCCUCUCCUCUGUUCCUCCGUAACAUGGCAAAUAUGGGAGGAAAGGAAAAAGGGAUUAGGAAAGGAGGAAUAAUCUUUUGAUCCCUGUCUGUGUGUCUUUAAAGCUGCAGUGUCAGGUAAAACCCAAGUGUCACUGCAGCACAUUGUCUUUCACCCCUCUAGCUGGAAUUGAAAACGGUGCUCAAUAUGUCUACUAAAAGACACUGACACACACACACACACACACACACUUAAACAUACAUGCACACCUUGUUCCUUUUCUGUCCACUAAUUUUAAAAUGUCGGCCCAGUCCUUCAUCAGUGUUAAUAUGCAGGAACCUGAUCUACAAAGAUAAUGUUACAGUCACAUCUGAUGCACAAGUGUCCUAUCAACGGUUUAGGAUCUCUUGGAAAAGCUUUAGGGGUUUUGGGUUAUUUUUCCUUAUCCAAAGGUGUGUGGCAGUCUAAUAGACGUUGUGUUAGUGAAUAUAUUCAUAGUAUUAUUCAUUUGAAUGAUGGUAAUUUCAGUAUGAGUAGAGUUGAAUCUUAACAUGAAGUUAACUACAUCAUUUGCAAUACAGUAUUAGACCAAAUUUUGGACUUGCUUUUAGUUUCAGAGUGCAGUUUUAUUUAUUUGCGAGGGAGUGUGCUGUUUCAAUCAGUUUUAUUUAUUUGCGAGGGAGUGUACUGUUUCAAUCAGUUUUAUUUAUUUGCGAGGGAGUGUGCUGUGUCAAUCAGUUUUUAACAAAGAGGAUGCAGUUCCAGCUUUUAGUUGAAUGCUAUUGGAGUUGGAUGUUGAACUGCUGAGGAACUCUUAAUAACCCACUGCACCUUUAAGAUCUCCAUUAAUCCACGACAGUGUGUAUCAAAACAGGCAUGUUGAAAGGAGAUAACUAGUAAAGCGUUGUUACUGUGUUUAUUUUCUUCUCUUUAGGAGUUAAUGUGGAAAAAAACAAGUCUUUUUCACACGGUUUUUCUUAAGCACUUUUGCUCUAUUUGUGGGUUUGAGAUUUCCACCCCUGUAACAUUUCCAUCAUAGUAGGGGCUCUUAUCCAGAGCGAAUAGGGUUAAAUUCCUUGCUCAAGGGCACAUAGGCAAAUUUGUCACCUAGUCAGCUCUGGGAUUAGAACCAGCGACCUUUCGGUUACUGGUCCAAUGCUCUUAUCCGCUAGGCUACUUGCCGACGGUGACAAACAGCGGGAGUUGGAUAGAUGGUGUGAAACAUGGCUCGUUUUGCUUUUCUCCACAGAAGACAUGUUUUGAGUCUUCAACGGCUACUGAAUUAGCUGUACGGUAGGAUCUCACGGGACCCAAGUGAGAAUUGGGCUGCCCUUACCAACAAAAUAUAUAAGGGAAAAUAACCCAGGCAUCUUGAAAAUAGUCCUAGCGCCCUUAUUUAGGGCUGGGAUAUUAGAACAUUCAUCUGGGGUUGACGUGGGGACAUACAGAUGUUUUCACUUCAUGACCCCUUUCUAUGCCCCAAGGAGGAGUUAUUUGAGUCCUACUAAUGGUAGACAUGCCCUACUAAGCCUUCCCUCAUGGUUUGUGCCUUAAAGAUGUACAUCCACUAUUAGGAACAGAGUAUACUCUUAAGUGUACAGUGUAGUUUUAAGGUAGUUGUAUACAGUUACAGACAGGUUCUGCAAAGGAUAAUAGCUGAACUGAUUGAUUCAGUCUCUGGUUAUGCUAACACACCCAGUCUCACCCCCCACCCAGGCCAGAGAGGCAGGUCUCUCCCUGGUCUGUCACCUACGACUGAGCCUCCCUCUGGGGCAACAGACCCCAGCCCUCCUGGAGAGACACUGGGUCUGCUGGUGGUCAGUCAAACACAGUCCUUAAAUUAGUAGAUGAAGGGGAUUUCAUAUAUUGUAAGGUCUGUUUCUGGUUGGAAAACUGAUUGUGUCAGUUACAAACCAGCAGAGGACCCACUGUAAACCCCUAGAGACCCAGGGUUAGACACCUCUGAUCUCACGGAUACCAAAGCUUACUAUGAGGAUACUGGUUUCCUUGUGUGAAUGCUGGUCAAUACUUGUGGGAUGUGGUUAUUAGUAUUUUUGCAUGGUGGCCUGAUUUUGGCAUUGUAAUGACACUUUUCUCUUGACUUUUAAUAUUGGAUUGCACUUUUCUUCUUUUCUGUCGUUUUAGCUCUGUCUUUUUGUGCUUGGCAUGGACUACUUUUUAAAAAAGUUUAUGAAAAAAAAAAUGAUAUUUUGUAGCAUGGGGGCUCCUUUGUUUUUUAACUGUCCAUGUGGUGUACUUGGUUUUAGUGAGUGGGUAUCUCAUGCUCACGGACAAAGACAAACUGGACUCAGUGGUAGUAUUCAUAGCAUUAGUGGCUGACAUUGAAGCCUGCGUCUAUAGUGUGGGAAGCCUCUUAAAUGAUAAUAUUCUAAUUUUAUAUAAUCUCAUACAUUCAGUUGGGUUGUGUACAGCCUAAAGGUAACAUCAUUGUGAUCUCAGAAUAACAUUGACAGUACACAGGAAUUUUACAGAGAUGUCUUGCUUCUUGUACAGUGUUAUAGCAGUAUCUUAACACUGUUCUGUGGUGUAUUGGAAGCAGGAGGUUAUAUAUGAGACAUGGUGUUCUUGGGUUGCCAGCUGUUGGGCAUGUGGUUGCCCCAGGACUUGACAGUGCUAGUACAGUACAUAGUUGUAGUUUGCGCUCAAGUUCUAACACUAUAUGAAUUCAUACACCUUGAGAAUGUCCUACUUAUACAAUGGGCUGCCUUGGGAGUUUAAAGGAAUGUUUUGAUUUGACUUAUAAAACGAUUUCUUGGCUUUGACCAGCCACCGAUAGUUGAGCCACAUUGUCCCCUAGAGGCUCAUUUCUGUAACUUCACAUUUGGUGCGAGAUGAUGGACUAUCAUUUGAACUGCGGUUACUGCACUACUGUCAUUUAGUCCAGACUCUUUUAUGAUGUCACUGUAACAUCACCCUAGUUCAGAUUAGCUAUAGAGUGUAGUAGUAUAAACUCAAGAAAACAUGAGUGUUCCUAUGAGAAUUUGCUGUAGCAUUGAUAAAGCUGAUAUUUUCUAACAUGACAUUUAUUCAUGGAAAGCAACCAUUGUUGUUUGCCCCUGGCCUGGCGUCUCCUGUGCCUUUUGAGAUAUUCUCACGCUGUUGCCUGUCUCCCCGAGCCCUCCUAUAGGCUUAUCAUAUGCAUGAGGGGGCCUCCAAACCACUGCCUUCUGGGUUCAAGUUGGCACCCAAGCUAAAAACACACGCGCACACACAUUCAACCAGGCAGCUUUCCUUCUUGUCUCUUAGUGCCUGUGGAUCGACCCAUCUUUCGUAAAUCCUAUGCUGUGUACCAGAGAGGCUCUGCUAAUGAGGCCUACGGUAGUCUACAGUAGUUGUGGGGUACACAUUGCAAAAGGCGCCAGACUUGGAGCUUUACAAAUAUGUCACCCAAACCUUGUUACAUCAUCCAAACAAGCUGAGCUAUUGAUAAACUGUGGAGAAGACAUUGAGAUCCAACAGAUUUUGUCACAAACUGAUCUUUUGCACUCGGCAGUCUGUCAAGGCCUGCACUUUCCGUCUAUUAUGUAGCCUUUAAACCAUGUGUGUACUAAUACAUUAUUAAACCUAGAUUUACCAGCUUGCCUGAGCAGUCAGAAACAACUUCAACCCAAAUCUGUCUCCAGCUCUCUCUCUCUCUCCUUGGUAAGGCUCUUUAGACAGAGACUGCGGUUGUGUAGAACUGGGCUAUUCAUUCUAAAUGUACGGCGGGAGUCCCAUCUGUAAAGACUGAGACACUACCACAAUAUGUGAUGUUCAGCAGUACCGUGUCUACCAUUUUGACUCAAAAUGGCAGAACUGCUCCUUUGCUGUAAUGGUAUUUCACAGUUAACUUUGGAAACCCGACCUCCAUUUGUUUGACCCAAAGCUAGCUGUUAGCCUAGAGAGUCCUGUCUCGAAAGUGGCCCAGGACAUAGAGCUGGGAGGGGGAGAGACAGGAGCCUUAGUAGGGUGAAGAUGAAUCUCUGCUCUGACUUUUCAGUGUGAUGUAUGGUGAAUAGAAAAAACACACGUUUUUCUGUGACUUUUCAGUGUGAUUUAUGUAUAUUAUUAUGCACUUUUGUUUCCCCCUUCUCAUUUCAUUUUCCAGUUCAAAUUGAUAUUAACUGCUUGUGUUAAUACGUUUAUGAAACACAACACACCACACACCACAUACACAAUAUUAAGGGCUUUUUUAAAAAGACAACAAUCAGAAUGUUUUGCUGCUUUUGAAAAAUAAAAUAAAAAUUAUUUAAUAUUUUUGAACCACUGAUUUGUUAAAAAAAUAAAAUAA